AUGGACACGCCUAGCAACGAAGCAACGGCAGAACCAGAGAAAGCCAACACGCCCAAUGCUGACCCGCCCCCUCUGCGCCCGGCGCUUAAGCCUCCGCCGGUGCCUCCACCUCCACGUCCGGUCCAGGGGCCUUCAGUGGCAACUACCGCACUGCCCAUGAAGGCGGCCAUUGGCGCAGCCACGACAGUCGCUUCGACCGCAGCGCACGUUGCUGUUUCAGCGGCCGCAUCUCUCGGCUCUUUGGUGAUGCUCAAAAGGAACACACCAGCCGGUUCCCAGGGCGCGGACCAGUUGUCGCCUGCCCCUCCGCACGAGCCGGCGCAGGCUGCAGGAGGCGAUCAGAGGCAGGCAGAGCCCGGUCCGCCCGCCGAAUUGGAGUCCCCCCCUAAGCCUGCAACAACGCAUUCGCCACGCGAGAAGCGCAAGUGGAGGGCGCUACGCGCCGUCGGAAACCCCAUGCAGAGCACGUGCGUGGCACUGCUCGUGCUCUGCGUGCUGCUCGUCGUCGGCCUGCUGGUCUACCUGCUGCUGUUCGCUCCGGCCGAAGCCGCGGUGGGCGGCGCCCACCAGCACUUGCCGGCCAGACCGAACAUCACCGCCGAUGCGGACACCACGACCGAGGCACUGCUGAUCGUCCUGCCUACACUGGGUGGCGCCACUGACAACGCCGGAGGUGGCGACCGAAACAACGCGGCUGGCAACGGCAGUGCCGAAGGUGCCUCGACAAUCAAAUGA